AUGUCUGCACAUGUCAUGGACAUUGAUGGACCCGUCCAGAUGCCCGGAGCUAGCCAGAAGGAGAGCUUGGCAACGAUGAUGGAGAGCCUGCGGACGGCGCCACAACCGGGGCCAAUGCAAAAGCCAAGGAACCAUCGCGGACAAUGGGCGAAGGGCAGCGCUGGGAAUCAAUCUGCCCUUGAGGAGGAUGGCAAACCAUCAUCGUGGUAUAGCGUCACCAAAACGUCCAACUCACCGCUUCUCACUUCUCUGGAGGCGUUCGUCAUAUCCAAAGCUGGCUUCUCCAGCCAAAGCAGCAGCAGCAGUCAUGGCAGCGGGGGGCAUGCACCAGCGGGAACAUAUGCCGACGGCCUUGUGCUACUCGCCACUCGUCCCCCCAAGCCGUGCGACGAGGCAGGGGAGCGCACGUUCCCAAUCUCUGUCGUGCGGGCGCUUGCAAAGAUUCUCUCUGGCUCGUCAUGGAACCUCUCAUCGGAUCAUUUGCAAAGGCGUCCAUUGGACAACGGUACCUUUGACGCUAUCAGCGCGGCCCUACACUGUCCAUCGGAUGGCGAUCCUGGGCUCACCGGCAGAAUGUUCAUUGAGGUGCGGCAGCUCGGUAGCAAGACGAGCAGCAGUACCAACAGCACAAGCAGCACAUCACCCGCAACGAAUGCUCGCGCCACAUGUGGCGGUCUCCCGCGCAAAGCGAUGCUGCUGGACAACAUGCACAGCACGGCCUUGCCGCCGAUGAUGCCAUUGCUGAAGGACUUGGAGUACAUGCACCUCCGCAGGGACUGGAAGCGGGCGGGCGGUCGCUUUGCGGCGUCGAAGAGUUGCCCUCACCUCCAGCGCGUGCUGUCGGGGACGUACACGUGCGUGAGCUGCGAGGCGCGCAUCUGCGAAGACCCGUUUGCUGAGAAGGGCAAGAAGAUUGAGGCCGGAAGCAGUGACAGGGCCAUGACGCUCGACGCACACGUGGUCCUGCUCGGCGGGGUGGGGCCAUGGCUGAAAGUGAAGGACAGUGUCUACUGUGGGUCCCAUGGGAAGGAACAGGGGCACGAGUCGAGCACUCCGGAGUACCGCGCGUUCUUCCCACCUCUGAGGGACAAAGCGGGUGAUGGGAGGCCACAGCAGCAAGGCCCGCACGGUCGGCAGCAGCAGCCGGGUGCGUCAUCCUGCAGCAGGCUGGACACGAAGGAGUGCGUCAGCGACCACCUCGCGCAGCAGCAGCACGAACGGCGGCGUGGAAGGAAGGAGCUACUCGAGUGGCGCAUCUGCGCGUACCGCACACGCGGCUCAGCGGGCGCGGACACCGCUUGCAGCCGCUCUCCAUCGCGCCGUUCUCAACGACGAGCAGCACUGCGCCUGCGGAUGCCGGUGACGUUAGAUGAGAAGAGGGAGAAGGAGUGGGCAAAGGAGAAGGAGUGGGCAAAGGAGAAGAAGAAAGAGAAAGAGAGCUGCAGCGCGUGUGUACACGAUUUGGUGGUGUGA